GCUGGUGCAGUGCAAAACGCCCGCUCAUCCUCACCGAUGGUGUGCAGAACAAGGGGGACAUAAAAAAAACCUUUUGAAACUAAAAACAUCCAUAUCCUUUUCUUAAACAAACAAAAAAACCCACAACAAAAAUUCAUCAUGAGCUACGAUUCCCUCUUCUCCUACCGUCGCCCUUGGGACAGCUACAAGGGGUCCCAAACCACCACCAAAACCUCCAUGUCUUCUUCUCUCUACUCUUCUCCUCGAGCUCCUCCGUCUGGGAAGAGGAUCCUGAGGCUGGCCUCCUCUUCCCUGCCAGAUGGCUCUGAGCGGAUGGACCUGGCUCAGGCCAGCACUGUCAACACAGAGCUGCUGGGCCUGCGCUCCCAGGAGAGGGAGCAACUAGUGGACCUGAACGACCGCUUCGCCACCUACAUCGAGAAGGUGAGGCACCUGGAGCUGCAGAACCGAGCUCUGCUGGCCGAGCUGGACGCGCUGAGGAGGCGACAGAAUGACCCGUCUCGUCUGCAGAUGCUUUACGAGGGGCAGGCGCGGAGUUUGAGGGCCAUGAUAGACUCAGAGAACGGGGAGAAGAUGCGGAUGGAGGCGGAGAGAGACUACCUGCAUGAUGUGUAUGAGCAGAUGAAGGAGCACUAUGAUGAGGAGGCGAGGCGGCGCAUGGAUGCUGAGGAGGCCCUGCAGAGGGCCAGGGAGGACGCCAGCAGGGCCGUGCUCUCCAACUGUGAUGCCGAGGCCAAUGUGGUCUCUCUGUGCGAUGAGAUUGUGUUCCUGAAGAAAGUCUUUGCAGAAGAGCAAGCAGAGCUGCAGGCCCAGCUGCAGGUGGCUAACAUCAGCGUGGACGUGGAGGUGUCCCGGCCGGACCUCUCCACCGCCCUGCGAGACAUCCGGGCACAGUACGAGCGGCUGGCAAACAAGAACAUGCAGGCCGCCGAGGACUGGUACAAGAACAAGUUCGCGAGUGUGGCAGAGAUGGCCAGCAAAAACAACGAGGCCGUACACGCCAUCCGGGAGGAGACCAUGGAGUACCGGAGGCUGCUUCAGUCCCGCUCCUCUGAGAUCGAAUCCCUGCGGAACGUCAUCGACUCCCUAAAUAAGCAGCUGGAGGAUCUGGAGGAGAUGCAGGCCAAAGAGGUGGCAAAGUACCAGAUGCGGAUAAGUGAGCUUGAACGAGAUAUCACGGAGGCCAAGCAGGAGAUGGCGCGCUACCUGAGAGAGUACCAAGACCUUCUCAAUGUGAAGAUGGCCCUUGACAUUGAAAUAGCCGCAUACAGGAAACUUCUGGAGGGGGAAGAGAUUCGUCUGGCUUACCCUGCCCUAAACUAAAACCUAAAUGCCACCAGCCUGGCAUCAACCUGAAUUCUUCACACCCCUUCUUUCCUGCCCUGACCCAAACAUUACCCCUUUUCCUCCCUCAAUUACUUUCAUGUUCGCCUCUUUAUCAUCCCCCCGCCCUACCCCCUCCCCAAAAUACUCCCUCCAUCAUUUACUCCUCCCUAAACCAAAUCACAAAACCAAAGCUCAUCGUUCUCAAGACAGAUGCGCCCUUGUGCUAAACAAGAGGUCCACCAGAAGUCCCCCUUCUUCUACACACGUUCUGACACCGCACAUCAAGAUGAUGGCUGUAAUAUGCAGAGUGGCUGCACUGCAUUAGUUACAUAGCUACGUAAGUCCAGACAGCAGUAUUGUUUUGGAUGAGUUCCUCUCUGUCACACACGCUAAGGUCCAAGCAGCAGAGUAACUAUUUGACUCUUCUGAAACCUCGUUGUGCAAACAUUUGACCAAUUGUUUGUAAGGGAGGACAAAAAUCCCUUUUACCUCUCGAUGCUUGGACUUUACCUGUGUUUGCACUGAUGCAAGAAACCUGCAGCAUUAUUGACCCGCGAACUCUACCAAUCAAUCAUGCAUAGUCCUGCACCCCUGGUUCUAUAGUAUCAGUGAACCAGUAACCUUAAAAAAACAUUCUUUUCACAAUAUUAAAUAAUCAUUUUGGUCAUUUUUAGUUAUUCUUCCUCUGCAUUUACGCAAAUUAUACAAUUUUGAUUUCUACAAGUUUCUAUUUGGCCGGUUAUUAAAAUUUCUAAUUUCUAAUAAACCUGUCUUUUCUAGUAUUCACUUCUGGACAGUUAAAUGCUUUGGAAGACUAAUUGUUACUGGUUUCUCCUUUAAUCAUGCAGUGUGUCUCACAGCUUAUCUGCAUUAGUUCUGUUUUCUGUUCUGUGAGUUCAUUCAAAGCUAAACAGUGAAACUGAAAGAUAAGUGCAGGAGCUCCUUGUUGUUUGUCCGCCGAUGUUAGAUCUACAUGGUGCUUUACAUCUGUGAAAAUAAUACAAAGUCUGCACCAUUACGCUCGGUGUACCUGUAACAGCCGGCAACAAGCUGAAUAAACAUAUAACUCACCUGCAAAUCA